GUUUUGUGUUUUUUUUUCUUCGGGGUGCAAAAUUUUCUCGGCGUCGCACGCUUUUUCGCAUUUUCCACUGAAAAUAUGUGAUAAACAAUGGCCUCAUCGUCUAACGGAAAUGGUAAUCUGCUCGAUGAGUUUGAGGAGUCGUUCCAGGCGUGCCUCCACGCUUUGGCCAAAGACGAGCCUACGACGGAAAUUGACAAGGAGGCCCUCAAACUGGAAGUCGACCAGACCACCAUGAAGUUCAUCCACCUGGCCAGACAGAUGGAGGCCUUCUUCCUGCAGAAGCGCUUCCUCCUGUCGGCACUGAAGCCCGAAUUGGUGCUGAAGGAGGAGAAUCUGGACUUGCGCUACGAGAUCCAGCGCAAGGACGAGCUAAUCAGGAAGCACUACGAGAAGAUCGACCAGUGGAAGGCCCUCCUCAUGGAUCAGCAGCCAAUCCCAUCUCAGGCCUCAGGUGGAAUGCAGGCAUCGAGUGACAUGCGAUCGAUGCAAAGCGUGACAGCGGGACCCAUGAUGGGCGGCGGAGGGCCCGGCGGCGGCGGAAUGAUGCCCCAGGGACCACCAGGCGGCAUGGGACUGCCCGGAAUGUCCGGACCAAUGCAGGUCGGCGGUCCGCAAAUGUACAUGCAACAAGGUGGACCGGUGCCGUCGCGCGGCGCCUUCAAUCAGGCCCCGAAUGUGCUGCAGGGCCCGCUGGCGUACUUGGAGAAGACCACGAGCAACAUAGACAUGGUGGGAAUGGGGGACGCAAGGAGGUGACGGGGGCGGGGGAGGGGGCGCGGCCGUGGCAGAGGACGCGGAAGAGGCAGAGGGAGAGGCGCCCCCGAGUUUCACGGCAGUCCAUUGUCCUAGGAGAGAGCCACAACACCUCCUUCCAGUUCGUCUGCACUCGCAAAAUUUACCACUGAUCUCAGAAUCGAAAUCACACGAUACUCAGUAUUCUUAGGGUCUUACUUUAGCCAACGCUGUGGGUUUAAAUAAUUUAGCCAGUAAUCUCACGAUCUCACUCCUUUUUUUUUCAUCACAAUCUUUCCACAUCACAAUCGAGGUGCGCUCGCGCUGACUAGGGCAAAGAAAAUGGACGGACAAAAGCACUAUUACUAAACACUUGAUGUUACAAAAUGUGUAAGUUGUAAAAGAUAUUGGAGAAACGAUAAUCCGCUGUGAAGCGACCAACCCCGCUAAAUUGGAGGCCACUUGUGAGUGACAUCCGGAAACAGAGAAAUCCUCCCCACACCACCAUCAACUUCGAACAAGAAUCCACACAUCCUUCUUCUUCGUUUCUCUGUGCUCGAGACCCCACGACUCAGCAUAAGUCCGGAAGAUCACGAGGAUCGCCUGAUCUUCCAUUCCGGAAAGCCAUGCAGUCUCGAGAGAAAAAAAAACUUUAUUUCUUGUAAUGAUUGAAAACAAUAAAAAAAAAAACACCUUUUCCACUGUACGAGAAUAAAUGCAUAAAAAUCAACAAAUUACAGGAGAGAAAAACACUGUUUUUUCUUCGUCACGCUCAUCAUCCAUUAUCGUAUCUGCAAUUAUGGAGAACAAAUUGGAACGAACUUCUGUUUCUAAUCAUACGAAUCUGGUGAUGGCUUGAGACAUUGUAACUUAAGAUUGGGAGACUUCAAAAGUGAGUAUAAAAUUAUAGAAGAGCUGAAAAUGACACCUAAGAAAAGAACUUGUAACUUUAUAAAAUUCAAAAGUAGGUCAUAAACCAAGACGAAGAGCCUGAAAUAAGAAGAAAAAUACGAUUUCAAG